CUUAUUUCAACAAGAUUAUGCAUCAGCAAAUAUUCAAAGAUGCUUUCUUGAAAUUAAAUAAAACUUAGGUGGACAGAAAGAUCCAAAGAGUAAUCCAAAGCAUCAUCAUCCAUAGCUAAAUUUGACUCAAACAUAGAUCUCUUCAUCUCAUGAUCAAGAAACAAUACAAAUAGUGAAGCAAAGUAUGGAUAAAUUUCCAUCUAAAAUGGAUCAUCUGAGACAGCUGAUUGCUCUUCUGCCCUUGCUGGUGUGUGCAGAAGCUCGAAACACGAGCAACGAGCACGACGUGAAUCCACUUAAACCGAGCAUGGCGGUGGUGCUAGUAGUCCUAUCCAUCAUGUUCAGCCUCACUUUCCUCAUCCUCGCCUACGCCAAGUUCUGCCACGGGACGGGAUCCGGGCCCUCGGAUCUCCUCCAGAACCCUAACGGUUCCGUUGGAACGAGAGCCCGGUUCUCGGGCGUGGACAAGACCACCAUAGAGUCACUCCCAUUCUUCAGAUUCUCCUCACUCCGGGGCUCAAAGGAAGGCCUGGAGUGCGCCGUGUGCCUCUCAAGAUUCGAGGACACGGAGCUCCUCCGCCUCCUCCCCAAAUGCCGGCACGCCUUCCACAUCAGCUGCAUCGACACGUGGCUGGAGAAUCACUCCAGCUGCCCCCUCUGCAGGCACAAGCUCGACGCAGGGGACAUCAAGAGCUCGAGGCACAGCAGCAGCUCGUGGGAGGAGCCUAGCCUCGAGUUCUUCAUACAGAGGGAGCAGAGCCAGAGCCAGGGCAGGUCAUCGCGGUUCAACCUCGCCAACACGCUCCACAAGCUCACGAGAGGGAGGAGGCCGGACGCCCCGUUGGCUCAAGAAUUCAAGAACCACAGCAACGGGACGAGGAUUCUCCACCAUGUGAAGCACAGGAUCAUUGUAUCAGAUGUCAUACACAACAGCAGGUGGAGCGAUGUCAACUCCUCGGACCUCAUGUCCCUCAACGCCUCGUUGCUGAACCUCCCCACCACAAGCGGGAGGUUCAACGACGAGGCUGCAGCAAGAGAGCAAAUCUUGAAGAUCAAGGAGGAUUUGGAGAGGAAGAGGCUGUUUGAGUCCAAGAUUGCUGCUGCUGAAACUUCAAGCAUGCUGUCUAGAUCAGCUGAUCCGGCACAGAAAAGAUCGAUGUCAGAGAUCACAAACGUGUCAAGAUUCACGGAUACGAACUCGAGCAGCAGCAGGAUCAGUGGAUUCUCAACUUCACUCAACUCAGACAAGGAUGAAAAGGUUAGGAGGCUGUGGCUACCUAUAGCUAGAAGAACCAUUCAGUGGUUUUCCGGCCAAGAAACGAGCUCGAACGACGCGCAACCUAAGCCGGAUGUCUGAAUGCAUCCUUCAAGAAACAAGAUUUGCUAGUUUCCAUUGCUGGUUUUAUUUCAAAUUGUUGGGAAAAGAAACUGUAUCUACACAUUUAGACAUUAGGCUUUCAACCAACACUACUCCUUGGUGUUGUAUACACAAUCUAAAUCAAGCAAAUUUGUGUGUCAAAAUCUAGUAGAGAUGAUAGCCAUGAUCUGAGCUAUCAGCAUCUGAAUGAACAAACUGUAACAUCUCAAUGAUCUCAUUAACCAAACAAAAAAAAAAUGAAGAAAAAAAGAAAGAAAGAAAGAUGGUAUUUUGUUUUACUA